AUGAGAAAGGUCAUUCCUUCGAGUGUGAUCGUGUAUAGACCUUUCGGAGCAAGUUUAGAUAAUUCAGUUUCUUUGCCCGAUUCAACCAAGAUGUUCGUGCCAAAUGACGAACAGCAUAACGAGGUUUUGGAAGGAGAACAAAAAAGUCAAAUUUCAAAGAAUAGGUUGAGAAAAUUGCUUUUCACUUUUAUCGGGUACGGAGAUGGGUCCCUCAAGUUGUUUUUGACUAUUAAACACCGUACAGAUCUUCCGAUUGAUAAUAAUAAGGUGAAAAUAUUCAAAUUCACUGAACUGUUGAAAGGGUUGUCAUCAAUCGAUGGUAUGAUGGUGCUUGAAAAUAUUUCAUCCCGACACCACAAAAAGAAACAAAUGAACAAUUCGUUCACUCAUGCACAGAAUUCAUCAGAGGAAAGCACUUGCUCAUCCAUUAUGAUGACAAUUCACUCAUUUACUUUAAUAGUGAUUUCAAAAUUUAAAAAAUCUAUUCAGACAUUUAGAAUGACUUUGAAUUAUGAUCAUUCAAAAUCAAUUUUAAACACAAUUGAUAGUAAUUGUAGUGAUUUUUUAAUAGGAAACACAAGCAUAGAAAUAGUUCCUGACACUACCUUACUCCCCACCAAAUCAAUAGUUGGAUUAGAUGUGUUCACAAUUACAACGACCAUCAAAAAGAAAGGUGUUGAAAAAUAUUUGGUGGCAAUUACUACGGAUAAUCAUGUAUGGAUAUGGCAUGAAAAAAAUUUAGAGAAACAUUUAGCUUGCCUGCCACUUCCAGAAAUUUCUUCGUCAGAAAUUGUUAUCGAUUUUUCAAUUCAAAGCCGGCAUGACGGAUCAAACUUGUUGUGCAUUUUAACAUCAAGACAGUCGCUGCUGUUUUUUGAUUUAAAAAAAACUGAUAUCGGCAUUACCAACUCUUUUCAACUUGAAAAAAGCAUUGCUAUUGAUGAAAACCAUAUGCAACAAAUUCAAGAUACUCCUAUAUCAUCCAUACAUGCUGUGAAUAAUUUAAUUUUAACUCAUUUCAAAAACAAGCUUGCACAUGUCAUCUCAUUUGAUAAGUCCCAUCAUCGAAUUGAGAAUAUUUACGAAUUGGAUCUUGCAGAUGUAGCUUUAUUACAUUUCACAAAUCAUGAAAACUUUAUUUUCUAUGAUAACAACAAUAGAAAGUUAAUGCAAUGCAUGAAUGGCAUUCAAAAAUGCCUAAUGGAAAAAAUUCAAUCCCAUGAAAACGAAUACAAGUUGAGUAUAUUCACAGUAACAAAAGAUGGAAGUUUCAUAAUGGCAAUCAUUGGUUCAUACCUUCUAGUGUUGCGAAACGUAAUGAAUGGAGAAGAGACACAAAUAAUUCUUGCGUGUGACAUUCUUAACGAGCAUAACGAUUAUUUAAUUCAUCAUGUAACUAUUGGAAACCCAGAGAAAAAUAAGUUUAUUUCCAUUACUCCUGCCAACUUGCUGUCAAGACUUCUGUACACCAACCCUGUUUGUCUUUUAACCAGUUCGUUCAACAAUCAACGAAAUAUCAUGACUAUCACUUGGCUGACUCCAGUCGAUAACAGUGGUCAUUUUGUUUGCUCCAUGAACACUGCAAGACAUUCAGCGUCUUUGGUCCUACCUAGUAUGAAAUUUGCUCUCAAUGUUCCAACAAUUGAGCUUGAAAACACAGUGCUUGCUGUGGGUGGAUGUAGUGGCAGAGCUGUUGACAAAUUUGCCAAAUUUGUGAAUUGUGAAGAGGACGCAUCUGAUGAGGAAAAUCAUUCACAACGAAAGCCACUCUCUCUCAUUACGUACAACAUUGAAAACCAUGGUUCUUUUUACUGCUUUUUGGAAUGCUGUGCUCACAUGUGUUGUGUUGUUGAAAAAGAGUUGGAGAGAAUUUGUCCCAACCAUCAUUUAUUCUACUGCAGAGUUGUUGCUGGUUUUGUGAAGCAAGGGUAUUGGAAAGAUGGCAAAAUGUUCAUUUCCAACAAUGAGUUCGUUUGUCCUCCCUAUUUAACGUUUGUUGGAAGUCAACAAUUUGCAAAAGUUUCGAGUUUGAAUGACGGGCUUUAG